UCUGCCCUUGGCCGAUUCCCGAGUGUUCCGCAGCUUUUCCAGGGGAAGGAGCUUUAUCUCUCGCUCUCUUGUUCCAAUUUCUUUCUGUCUCUACCCAGAGGCCCCAGACUGAUAAACAGUGCCUUUAUUUCUAUAACGGACCCGGGGAAUAACACUGGACUGGUCGGACACCGAGGGAAAAAGAAACAAAGUGAUAUCCGACAAAUCUGCUCACUUCUACAAUAUAUACUAUAAGCUUUUAAGAAGUUACACUGGUAGUUCCUCCUACUUGUUCAUUUCGCCAUUACUAAGUCUAAAAUUCACCGACUCGUUGGAAAUUUCUCUAUUACAUCAAAGAUACCACGCUAGAGACGAAAGGAAAAACAAGUUUCUAAGAGCUAUUGUUUCAAAUAAUGCAGUGGAACACAGACACACAAGUGUUUUGUAUCGUCUAGUCUGGUUGUUAUUAUAAAUCUUUAUACUGAAUGCUUGUGAUGCAGCAUUCUGCCACAGCUUAUUAUAGGCCCCCUCAUCCGACUUCUCAUCGACCUCCACGCCCACUUCUGCCCAACCAACCCUACACAAAUGGUAGCGGUGGGGGUCGUUGCUCAAUGAAAGGUGGUAGGGGCGGGAGCGGGGGGGCCGGGAUGGCAGCUAUCGCUGCAGGACAAGGAGGCGGGGGCGGCUACAGGCCGGCCGUCUGGGGCGGAGCCGGGGCCGGGGGCAACCAGGUCUUCACCGGCACCCAGCUAAGGUUCAACACACAUUCACACCAGCAAUACGGAUCGGCAACUAAUACGGUAAAUUCCUUGAAGGAUGCUAACGGAAAGCAAUUCUCGAACAGCCCGCGGGUGCCGACAGCCUCAUCGCCAGCGAACACGAGCAGUUCUUCGAGUUCCAACACGGGUUCGCAGAGCGGAACGCUGUCGACUAGCCUGAGCAACAACAUGGGCGGCCAGCCGGGUGAGCCGCAGCUCUCAAAGACUAAUCUCUACAUUCACGGUCUCACGCCCGGGACCACGGACAAGGAACUGUACAACAUGUGUUCACAGUUUGGAAAUAUAAUUUCCACCAAAGCCAUCUUAGAUAAAAAUACGAGCAAAUGUAAAGGUUACGGAUUCGUGGAUUUUGAAUCCGGUGAGUGUGCAGAAGCUGCAGUCAAAGCCCUACAGGCCAAGGGCAUACAAGCGCAGAUGGCCAAAGUGGGUAUCACCCUUCUCCGUUGCCCGACAACUCAACAAGAGCAGGACCCGACAAAUCUGUAUAUAGCAAAUCUUCCCCCAAAUUACAAAGAGACAGAUUUAGAAAAUUUGUUGAAGCAGUACGGUCAAGUGGUAUCCACCAGGAUACUCAAAGACACAUCAGGGAUGAGUAAAGGUGUGGGAUUUGCCAGGAUGGAGACAAGAGAGAAAUGCGAGCAGAUAAUUCAAGUAUUUAACGGCAAACCCCUUUCUGGUAGUAAAGAGCCCCUUCUAGUUAAAUUUGCUGAUGGGGGCCAGAAAAAGCGAAAUAUGUAUAGGACCGACGGAAGGAUCUGGAGAGACGGCAAUGAGCUCCAAGGAAGCCAGAUGGGAUAUGACACUUCUGGACAGAACGGCGUCGGGGCUGGGCACAUGCUCCCACUCACUGCACAAUAUGGAAACGCUUAUCAAGCCCAGGUCCCGAGUUUCCAACUCCAAGCCGCUCCCUGGCACAGCGUACUGCCUCAGUACACAGUAAUGCAGGCACAGCCUCCUCCACAUAUGUCGCAGGUAGAGAUGUGUACUGUACAGAUGAUGCAAGGAGCCGAUCCCAGUGUUCAGUACUCUCCAGUCAUACGACAAUUAUCAGCCCAUGUCAACGCUUUGCAGAUCAGCCCAGCAGCAACUCAGUAUAUAACACCAGCACCGUAUUACGGAUAUGGACCUACAACUCCUAUAAUCCACACUCUGCCGAUCCAGGAGGCAGAGCAACACUCGAACACCGCUUCUCCGGACAACACUUAUGCUUACCAACAGCAGCAGAAGUAAUGAGACGACAGAAGGAAGCUUGAAGCGGACGUUCUACGUAUAAACCAAGGGAUAAAAUCGAAAAUUAAAUGAACUUGAGCGAGAGAGACCGAAGGGGACACCUACUAAUUCACCGAUUCCUCCUCAACCAUAGAAAUUUAUUUUGACAAAUCACGGAGAUGACAAAUGAAAAAGACAGUUUCAAAAAAAAUUCAUAGAAGAUAUAUAUAAUCGGUUUGUAAUUUUCUUCACUUUUGUUUUAUUCUCUGUUCAAAAAAUAUUUUUAGAUAGCAACAAUUAAACUGUACCUCUAAAGACAAUAUUUCACAUUUUUUUAAAAUAAUUUUAUUUUAAAUAAUAACCAUUAGUACUUAAAAUGUGUAAAUAUUCGGAAGUAAAAUAGUGUUAAAAAAAUUAUUUUAUUAAUUUAUUUUAAGUCUUUUUAGACUUUAAAAAUCAUCGCAGAAUAUUAGUGCUAAAAAGUCUUCCAACGAAUCUUUUAGUAAUUUACUUGAUAAAUAAUUAAAAUAUUGUCAUUUUGGGUGUUCUUUAUCUUGUUCCCGUCCUUGUGUUUUCUUCUUGUUGUUUACAAUUUUUCCUCAUGCUAAACAGCUCUCCCUGUCACAUUCAUAAAUUUAAUUAUAAUAGAAAAUCUAAGUGCCAAAAGGGAAAAGUUAUUCAUUAUUGUUUUGAGAAAAAAAAAUAGGUGCAGUUAACUGUUGCUUCCUGAAAAUUAUUACAAAGAACAAACCGCAUUUGUUUCCGUACAUUCGUAGCUUUUGUUCUCUUGCAGACCUUAGGUGAAUAAGAUAUAAAAACAAUUGACUAACAUUGUAGAAAUAAUGCAUAGUAACUAAGAUAAAAAGAAAAAAAUCUUUAUUUUGGAUACUUUCUACAACCUCCUAAAGGUCUGAAAUAAAGUCCUUGUCAUGAAAUAUAAGGAGGGGACUCUACUAUUUUU